CGUCACAACGCUCCGUCUCCGCCCCCAGCUUGUGUGCAGCCAGUACCGGAAGUUCCGUUCCGUCGCGAACUGGGACAGCAAGCGCACUUCUCACAGUGUAUGUGUGGCAACAACAUGUCUGUGCCGCUUCUCGCCGAGGCUGUGACGAUAUCUGGGAUGGAGAAGGAGACCGCGGCAGUGAUCUUCCUUCAUGGGUUAGGAGACUCAGGGCAUGGGUGGGCAGACACUUUGACCGGGAUCCAGCUGCCUCACGUUAAAUUCAUCUGCCCCCACGCGCCCCCGAUCCCCGUCACACUCAACAUGAAGUCGAUGAUGCCCGCGUGGUUUGACCUCAUGGGUCUCAGCCCCGACUGCCAGGAGGACGAGUCUGGAAUCAAGAAGGCAGCAGACAGCAUCAAGGCCAUAAUCGAACACGAGGUCAAAAACGGGAUCCCCCCCCACCGCAUAAUGCUGGGUGGCUUCUCACAGGGCGGGGCUUUGUCCUUGUAUACCGCCUUGACCUGCCAGCAUCAGUUGGCUGGCGUUGUGGCUCUCAGUUGCUGGCUACCACUCCACAGGAGUUUCCCAUCGGCGUCCAGUGGCCAUAAGAACAUCCCGAUCCUGCAGUGCCACGGCGAGAUGGACGCCAUGAUACCGGCGCACUUUGGCGCCAUGACGGCAGAAAAACUCAAAUUCAUUGUCGACCCUCAGAUGAUCACCUUCAAAACCUACCCAGGGCUCCCUCACAGCUCCUGUCCUCAGGAGAUGGCGGCGGUAAAGGAAUUUAUCGAGAAGUAUCUGCCCCGAAUCUGACCUCGCCUCACCCCCACUGUGACCUCUCCCCGAGACACUGGCCUCUCACCCUUGCUCUGCCAUUCUCCCACAGGAAACAGCCAUGAGCGACCCCCCCCCCCCUUAUUCCCACACACAUCGGCAAGAUGUUAAACACACGCAUGAAAACACGCACACGUUCGAUAAUCCGAUAGAUUCGACCCACACAGUCAAACAAAACAUGUGCUUCUCUACGCAGUCCGACAACGCUCAUACUGAAGCAAAGAAAACCACUGGUUUGAUUCUAACACAAUUAAGCGCUCGCACCCACAAGUCUUAGCCUUUCGGAGGGAGAAACACUGACUCGCACUAUACAUUCCUUUUGGUUAUAUUUAUAAUGCCUCCGUAUGUCGCCUCCCCCCAACAUCAGCUUCUCUCCGCUAUUGUUUCAUUUUGCUGUCACGUGCUCCAACGCUUCCACCUCCUUCAUCGCUGCGUCAGUCUGGAGGUCAUUUGGUGGGAAACCGACAAGCAGGUUGACACUUAUCUGAUACUGUCAUACGAAGGCGCAGUCAGACCAGAUUUCACCUCCCAAUCACUUCGAUGUGGGACCUGGCUGCCUGCUUUGGUUAAACUGGUACAUCGGAUGGCGUCAAAAUUUCACGUGUCAAAUUUUCAAUUUAGUUAGUUAGUUUUCAAUUAGUUAAAACUCAUCAUUCAGGAAAUCUUGGCUGUUUUGUAGUCUUGCUUGCUAGCUGCUCGGUGAAAUAAAAACCCUGCCCUCACCAUUUCCUGGACCCUCCUGAUUUUAUUUUUGCUUCAGGUUGAAUUCUGACUGUGAUUUGCCUCCAGCUCUGGAGCCCCACGGGACUCUCUGACCAGGUACUGCUGGUUUUAGAGCUGGUUUCCUACCAACCCAUCCAUCCCAACGCAUGACACAUACACUGCAGCCUGUCUGGGUCUCUCAUCGGUUAUCUACCUACAGACAACCCCUUUUUCCCCCUUCUUUGUUAAAUCUAAGUAUCAACAUCCACAAGGGCCUCGCAUUUCUUUCUUUUUUUUUUAACGAGUGUGAUAAAACAUCGUGAAGUACAUGAAGAAAAUCCAAUUGAAAUAAAAGAAAACGUAACAAUCGAUGCUUUUGCCACCCUGUGCUGUUUAUUUCCACGCUUCCUCGCCUGCAUGUUCGUAACCUCUUUCUGCUUUACGUCAUGCUUUUUGUAAAAUUACCAGUUGAUUUGUUUUUUGUUUACAAGUGUAGGCUUAAAGAUGUAUGAGUUGCAUGAAAUCAAACGCUCUAGAUGGUUGCUGCUCUGACUGCACACACCACGAGUCGCUUCACUGUUCCUCCCACCGACUUUUCCUCUCAAAAUCAUUUUCUCCUCCCCCAUUAAUCUCAGUGGAUUUUCAACGGUUUUGUUAGUUUUACACUCUGGGAUAGAAACCUGAUUCUUCCAUAUCUUCCACGACACCACAGCAGCCCUGAGUUUUAUUCUUCAGAAAAUAUUCCCCCCUUUAGUAACUUCCUGUAAUCCACUAAUAGAACAUGAAAGGUCCGAUUCAAAGUGAAACCCAAUGCUAUAAUAGUUCCCUACUUUAAAAUACAAUGGCUAUACACUUGGAGGGCUUCGGCAAGAAGCUGUUCCAACGAAACCGAAGGGUGAUUUUACAAAUAAUAAUAAAAAAGUUAAUCUUUAACAACGUGUGAUCCUUGAACAUAGGAGUGUAACUCUUGAGUAGUGUGUGUGCUUGAAAAAAUAUAUAUAUAUCAGGUGUUCUGCAUUUUCCUUUUGUGAAUGUUAAUUUUGCUCUCCUCAUGAUUACUUGUUCUGUACUGCUGUUCUUAAGAGAAGGACAUCUGUUUUGAUUGUGGACAAAUCAAUGAAUGUCUCGCUUACUCCUCAAGUCCUUUUAUGUUUUCCCAACACUAAAUCUCUGACGCUUCUCUUUAUGUAGUUUAUUUUUCUCCUCUUUGACACCAUCGUCAUCUCUUGUUUUUCUUUUGUUAUUCCAACAUUUCCAGCCUGUGACGACGUCGCACUGUCUUGUGUUUUCUCCUGGGUUGUAUAUUGUCAUUGGUUACGUUUUUGCAUAUGUGUUUUGUUUAUUGGACUUAUGUUCGUUGUGUUUCGUCACUGUUGUCAUCUCAUCCUUUUUUUGUGUCUAUAAUGAUGAGCAUUACAAAAAAAGAAGUCUUCAUUUUUUGUUUCCAAAACAACCCUAUGCAGAAUAAAUGAAAAUAAAAAGCCCAUGGGA